CUUACAGCAACUAAGCGCAACUCUGUUGGAUUAUUUAAUUACGCAAGCUCCCCGAAACCGGGAAAGGGAGAAAAAAGGCGGCUGACAUCACUCGGGGCGGGGCCGAAAGCCCUAAGAAAAGUGGGUAGGACCUGAGCGGCUGCCGCUGCUAGACACCACCUCAUCAUGAGCAGCCACAACGGCUCUGAGCUCCACGUCCUCUGCAGCUCCGGCCAGCUGUUCUUGCAGCCCCUCUGGGACCGCCUGAGGACCUGGGAGGCCCUCAUCCUGUCGCCCUUCUUCCCCGUCUUCUUCUCCAUCACCACCUACUUGGGCUUCUGCCUGCCCUUCGUGGUGCUGGACGUCCUGUGCCCCUGGGUGCCCGCGCUACGGGGCUACAAGAUCCACCCGGACUUCUCGCCGUCGGCUUGGCAGCUGCUGCCCUGUGUGGGGCAGACGCUCUACCAGCAUGUGGUGUUCGUGUUCCCCAUGACACUGCUGCACUGGGCGGCCAGCCCCGCCCUCCUGCCCCCUGAAGCCCCCGAGCUGCUCCAGCUGGUCCGCCACGUCGUGCUCUGCCUGCUGCUCUUCGACACAGAAUUCUUCGUGUGGCAUGUGCUGCACCACAAGGUGCCCUGGCUGUACCAGAACUUCCACAAGAUGCACCACCAGCACUCGUACCCAUUCGCGCUGGCCACGCAAUACAUGAGUGUCGGGGAGCUGCUUUCCUUGGGUUUCUUUGACAUGAUGAAUGUCUUGCUGCUCCAGUGCCACCCGCUCACUGUCCUGACCUUCCACGUGGUCAACAUCUGGCUGUCGGUGGAGGACCACUCGGGCUACUACUUCCCCUGGUCCACGCACAAACUGGUACCUUUCGGGUGGUAUGGGGGUGUGGAGCACCACGACCUGCAUCACUCCCAGUUUACCUGCAACUUCGCCCCUUAUUUCACACACUGGGACAAAAUACUGGGAACUCUGCGGUCUGCUGGAGCCAAGUGACAUGCAAUCAUCCUUCCUGGCAUA